GUCCAUUUACUGUUUUCCCGCCUGGAUUUUUCGAGAAGGAUCACAGCUUUUAUAAGGCACAAGCAUCGAGCGUGUGCCUCAGUCACUUGCGAGAUUAUAGAGAAAGAACAUAUACGCACAAUUAUAAUCAAAUCGGCUUUUAUGAUUAGACAUUGAUUUUGGCAUCUCUCUUGGUACUUUCUGUAUAUCUUUAAACGUAGUCAUUUCGCGCGCGCUCGACACAACUGUAGUGCGGGAAAUAAAUCACGCUAUUCGCAACCCGAGACUUUCUUUAUUGCUGGGCUAUCGCUCUCUCCGUCGCUCCAACUCUCUCUUACACUAUCUCGCUCGCUCACUUUUAACGCUUUUGUCGCGCACAAAUAACAUAACGCCAUAAUUGCCGUUGACAUUAUCAUUGUUAUUACGAUGCAAUUAUGAAAGGAGACUGUGCGUUUAUCGUGUACUUAACUUUAAAAGUUAAAAGGAAAAGCAGAUAAAAAAUCAGAGAAGUUAACGUGUAUUAUUUGUUUUUCUUUUACCAUACACAUUAUCGUGCCUGAGUUAUCAUAUUGACUGUUAUCAGUCUAAAAAGACUUUCCACCGCCGUUGGAAAAGCAUAAAUAAGAUGCAUUUUAGUGAAAAGUCUCAUUCUUACAAGUGGUACGGGACCUUUGAUUACGGAAAGUGAACAAUGGCACUCUUGACGGCUUACUGGAGUUUAGAUGGCAUAAUAGUUUUGACAACUCUCCUUAUAGUUAUCUAUCUUUAUAUGACACGCAAAUUUGGGUACUGGAGGAAACGAGGUGUUAGAGAAGCGACACCGACUCCAUUUUUUGGCAAUUUCAUGGAUUGCAUGCUUAUGAAGAAAAAUCCUUCACAUUUUAUGAAAGAUUUAUAUGAUCAAGGGGAAGGAGUGCCUUAUAUCGGGUUCUACUUAUUAGACAAGCCGUGCUUGAUGAUCCGCGAUCGGGAAAUCGUUAAAAACAUUUUAGUGAAAGAUUUUAAUUACUUCUCUGACCGAUACGGUUCGCCAGAUACGAAUGAUCGAUUGGGUUACGCUAAUCUUUUCUUUAUAAAAAAUCCAGCCUGGAAAUUUUUAAGAACGAAGUUGACGCCAGUAUUCACACCGGGCAAACUGAAGAAGAUGUUUAAGCUGAUGACAGAAUGCGGUAAAAAUCUCGAUACAUAUCUUGACUCGCUGAAAUUGGAAAAUAAAGGAAUGGAAAUGGAAGUGAAAGAGUUAACUGCCAAAUUCGCUACGGACAUAAUUGGCAUUACUGCUUACGGACUCAUUGUGAACUCGUUGAACAAUCCAGAUGCCGAGUUUCGAAAAUAUGGCAAAAAGGUUUUUGAGUAUAACAUUGUCCGUGGUUUCGAAUUUCUUUCGAUGUUCUUCUUACCAACGUUAUUUCGUUGGACCGGUAUGAGAACGUUUGGCAAGGAAGCCACUGGUUUCUUACGUACGGUCCUUUGGGAGACUCUCACUGAACGUAUGAAAUCUGGUCGAAAGAGGAAUGAUCUCAUUGAUACUCUUAUCGAACUUCGAAACACUUAUAAAGAUCAGAACAUUGGAGGAUUCAAGUUUGACGGGGACGAUCUAGUAGCACAAGCAGCUGUUUUCUUCACAGCUGGUUACGAAAGUUCUUCAUCGAUAAUGGCUUUUACUUUGUAUGAACUCGCAAUACAUUCGGAAAUACAAGAUAAGCUCAGAAAAGAAAUUCUUGAUGCGCUCCACGAAAAUGAUGGCAAAAUCACAUAUGACAUGGUCAUGUCGCUUUCGUAUCUCGACAUGGUGGUGUCCGAAACAUUGCGGAUGUAUCCGCCUUUGGCGUUUCUGGAUCGCGUAACAAUUGAAACUUACAAGGUGCCGAAUUUCGAUUUAGUUAUCGAAAAGGGCACGCCGGUUUAUAUAUCGAUGCGAGGCAUGCACUAUAACCCAGAAUUCUUCCCUGAUCCAGAAAGAUACGAUCCGGAGCGAUUUAGCGAAGAGAACAAACGUAACAUACCGUCAUGUACCUAUUUUCCAUUUGGAGAGGGUCCACGCAUAUGUAUAGGCGCCCGUAUGGGUCUUUUACAAAUAAAACUGGGAAUUAUUACUAUCUUGAGCAAAUACGGGGUAGAACCAUGCCAGAAAACCUUAAUACCAAUGGUUCUCGAUCCGAGAGGUACGCUAACAUCGCCAAUGGGUGGAGACAUAUGUCUCAAUAUUAGAAAAAUCAACACUUUGUAUAGUUCUGUUAUCACUCUGAAAGAAGCAGUGGGCAGAGACCCUUACUGGACAUAUUACUGGAAGAAAUAUAGACCAAACCGCUAUUACAUAAUUAACUGGUGCAAAAGCAUAAAUACGACGCACUGUAGUAGAAAAGUGUCAUUCAGUUCUUACAAGUGGCAAACAAUGGCACUCUUCACGACUUAUUGGAGUUUAGAUGGCAUAAUAGUUCUGACAACUCUUCUUAUAACCUAUCUUUACAUGACACGCAAAUUUGGGUACUGGAGGAAACGAGGUGUUAAGGAAGCAAACCCGACUCUAUUUUUUGGCAAUUUCACGGAUUGCGUGCUUAUGAAGAAAAGUCCUGCAGAUCUUAUGAAAGAUUUAUAUGAUCAAGGGGAAGGAGUGCCUCAUAUCGGGUCCUACUUAUUAGACAAACCGUGCUUGAUGAUCCGCGAUCGGGAAAUCGUUAAAAACAUCUUAGUGAAAGAUUUUAAUUACUUCUCUGACCGAUACGGUUCACCAGAUUCAAAUGAUCGACUGGGUUAUGCUAAUCUUUUCUUUAUAAGAAAUCCAGCAUGGAAAUUUUUAAGAACGAAGUUGACGCCAUUGUUUACAUUGGUCAAAUUGAAGAAGAUGUUCAAGCUGAUGAUAGAAUACGGUAAAAAUUUCGAUGCAUAUCUGGACUCGCUGAAAAUAGAAGAUAAAUCAAUGGAAAUGGAAGUGAAAGAGUUAUUUGCUAAAUUCUCAACGGACAUAAUCGGCACUAUUGCCUUCGGAAUCAAUGUGAACUCGUUGAACAAUCCAGACGCCGAGUUCCAAAAAUACGGCAAAAAGAUUUUUGAGUAUAACAUUUUUUGUGGUUUCGAAUUUCUCUCGAUAUUCUUCUUUCCAACGCUAGUUCGUUGGACCAGUAUGAGAACGUUCGGCAAGGAAGCCACCGGUUUCUUAUGUACGGCCUUUUGGGAGACUUUCACUGAACGUAUGAAAUCUGGUCAAAAGCGGAAUGAUCUUAUCAAUACUCUUAUCAAAUUACGAAACACUUAUAAAGAUCAGAACAUUGAAGGAUUUAAGUGUGACGGGGAUAAUUUAGCAGCACAAGCAGUUGUUUUCUUCUCAGCUGGUUACAAAACUUCUUCAUCGAUUAUGGCUUUUACUUUGUACGAAAUUGCGAUACAUUCGGAAAUACAAGAUAAGCUCAGAAAAGAAAUUCUUGAUGCGCUCCACGAAACUGAUGGCAAAAUCACAUACAACAUGGUCAUGUCGCUUCCGUAUCUCGACAUGGUGAUGUCCGAAACUUUGCGGAUGGAUCCGCCUCUGGCGUUUUUGGAUCGCGUAGCAGUUGAUACCUACAAGGUGCAAAAUUCCGAUUUAGUUAUCGAAAAGGGCACGCCAAUUUAUAUUUCGAUGCAAGGCAUGCACUAUAACCCAGAAUUCUUCCCUGAUCCAGAAAGAUACGAUCCGGAGCGAUUCAGCGAAGAGAACAAACGUAAAAUACAGCCAUGUACCUAUUUUCCAUUUGGAGAGGGUCCACGCAUAUGUAUAGGCGCCCGUAUGGGGCUUUUACAAACAAAACUCGGAAUUAUUACUAUCUUGAGCAAAUAUGAGGUGGAACCAUGCAAGAAAAUCUUAAUACCAAUGGUUCUCGAUCCGAAAGGUACGCUAACGUCGCCAAUGGAUGGAGACAUAUGUCUCAAUAUUAGAAAAAUCAACACUCAUUAAAAUGUGUAGUCUCACUCAACAAACUUGUAUAUUUUGUGUAAACACAUAUUAAAAUAAUAUAUUAGGUUUAAGGAUUUUUUUUAUUUUAAUUGUAUCUUAAAACAUUUAUGUAGAGAUCUCUUCUAAAUUCUCAUUUAUUAAUUAUGAUUUUUAGUUGCAUUAUAAAUAAAUAGAAAAAAUAUUUGUAAUUCUGUUUAUUAUUAAUGCCUUAUUUUUGUCUAAUGCAAAAAUUAGGAUAAGAAUAAUUGUAAUAAUUUUCAUCAA